GAGGUCAGUAAGGAGGGGUGUUGCUAGGUGUGUGUAGCAGUGUGUGACGUGCGGUGUAACACACGAGGAGGUGAGAAUUGAGUGGUGCUUGGCGAUGGCGUGUUCAGGUGAAUUGGGGGCUGAUGCGUGGCUCACUACCGUCCAAGUGAGCAGUGCGCGUGUAAGCCAGGUGGUGGAGGGGCCACCCCCCCAUCUGUGUGCGUUUAUAGACUGGCCACGAUUGGACGACUUGAUGCGGCGGUACUACGAGGAGCUUGAGGAGGGGCAAGAUCUUUGUGCUACGCUGGAGGACCGCUGCUAUGAUGAUGACGACAACAUCAUGGGAGACGCUAACAACAUCAACCUCAUCGCCGAAGAUGCUAUCAACAUUGACUGUAAAAACAACGACAAUCUCACCGCGGUCGCUCUCAUCGCCGCCAUCAGUAACAACGACAACAACAACAACAACAACAAUAACAACAACAACAGCAACAAUAACAACAAUAAUAAUAACGGCGAAGACGGUGAUCUUCGUGAAGAUGACUGUGACGUUCGCAUCCAAGUCAUCCAGGUCGUCAACAACGACGACAAUAUUGCUGACAACAAUUCCAACAUCGAAUCGGGCGGGGGCAAUCGCAGGGUGCGGCAGGCUUCUCCCAUGAUUCUUGCCAUGUUCGAAGGAGGUUACCACCAGAUUGAAAUCCAGCCUCAAGACCGGUACAAGACCGCGUUCAAGACGCGGUAUGGGCAUUUUGAGUGGGUUGUCAUGCCAUUUGGCCUCACCAAUGGCCCCGCUACAUUUCAAGCAGCAAUGACGACUGAGUUUCGCGACUUGCUCGAUCGCAACGUCUUCAUUUACCUUGAUGAUAUUUUGGUCUACAGCAGGACGUUGGACAAGCAUAUCAUACACCUUCACGUUGUCUUGAAUCGUUUGCGACUAGCCAAGUACAAAGCGAAUCUCGACAAAUGCGAAUUCGCCAAGCAAGAGCUUGAGUACUCGGGCCAUUUCGUCACGCCGAAAGGCAUUCGUCCCUUAGCGGACAAGAUCCAAGCCAUCGUGGAUUGGCCGGAACCCCGUUGCACGACGGAUGUACGCUCUUUCAUGGGAUUGGCUGGAUAUUAUCARCGUUUCGUCGAGUCAUACUCGAAAGUGGCCGCUCCUUUGUCGAGACUUCAGUCCCCGAAGGUGCCCUUCGAGUUCGACGAUGCAGCCCGUGGCGCGUUCACUACGUUGAAGGCAUCGAUGCAAGCCGCACCUGCCCUCCGUAUAUAUGACCCCACCCUACCCACCCAAGUGACUACGGACGCUUCGGGAUACGGUAUUGGUGCGGUGUUGGAACAGUGUCACAAGGACGGUUGGCAUCCGAUUGAGUACUUCUCCCAAAAGGUGCCUCUCGUCAACACUCUUGAUGACGCUAGGAAGAAAGAGCUACUCGCGUUCGUCACCGUCCUCAAACGGUGGCGCCACUUUCUUCUCGGCSGUCGGCGUUUUAAAUGGAAUACGGAUAACAAUCCGUUGACAUUUUACAAAACGCAGGACACGGUCACUAGUACGAUCRGUCGAUGGRUGUAUUACAUCGACCAGUUCGAUUUUGACCCGUGUCACAUUCCCGGUCCCGCCAAUCGAGGGGCGGACGCCCUCUCAUGACGGCCAGACUUUUGCUCCAUUGUGACCACGACAUUCGACCUCGAUAACGAUCUGCAGCAGCAUUUCGUCAAAGGCUACAAGUCCGAYCCGACGUACUCUACGCUUUAUGCGAAGC